CCCAACCUCGGGAUCCCAUUUAUGGGAGGCUCGGUCUGGGGUUCUUGCAGCCGGCACCAGACCCUCCCAGCCCCGGCGCCCCACCCGCCGCGGGGAAGAUGCCGGAACAGAGUAAUGACUACCGCGUGGUGGUGUUCGGGGCGGGCGGCGUGGGCAAGAGCUCGCUGGUGCUGCGCUUCGUGAAGGGCACGUUCCGCGACACGUACAUUCCCACCAUUGAGGACACCUACCGGCAGGUGAUCAGCUGCGACAAGAGCGUGUGCACGCUGCAGAUCACGGACACCACCGGCAGCCACCAGUUCCCGGCCAUGCAGCGCUUGUCCAUCUCCAAGGGCCACGCCUUCAUCCUGGUGUUCUCGGUCACCAGCAAGCAGUCGCUGGAGGAGCUGGGGCCCAUCUACAAGCUCAUCGUGCAGAUCAAGGGCAGCGUGGAGGACAUCCCCGUGAUGCUCGUGGGCAACAAGUGCGACGAGACGCAGCGGGAGGUGGACACGCGCGAGGCGCAGGCGGUGGCCCAGGAGUGGAAGUGCGCCUUCAUGGAGACCUCGGCCAAGAUGAACUACAACGUCAAGGAGCUCUUCCAGGAGCUGCUGACGCUGGAGACCCGCCGGAACAUGAGCCUCAACAUCGACGGCAAGCGCUCCGGGAAGCAGAAGAGGACAGACCGCGUCAAGGGCAAAUGCACCCUCAUGUGAGCCCGGAACGCCCGCCUGCCCGCCGCCCACCCCCACUGGCCCCGGCCCCCGCUGCCUCCCCCAACACUGACACCGUCCUUGGCCUCCUCCUCUUCUCUCAUCCUUCCUCCGACACCUCGGCUGGGGAGACCGAGGCCACCCCCCUCCGCUGCCCCUGCCCAUCCCGAGGCAGGGCUGGGGCUCUUGUUCCUCCCCCGCUCUCUUUCCACCCUCCUGUUCUGUCUGUACCCCCCCCAAAACCAAGAGCUGGAGGUGGCCCCCUUGUCCUGCAGAUGGGAAAACAGGACGGGGAGCUGGCAAGAGGAGCUGCUUGUUCCCGCGGGGAUCAGAGGAGGCUGCGUUUCCCCAUCUCCAUCUCUUUCCCUGGGGUGUCCCCAGCCAGACCUGCGCGUCCUGUCCCUCACAUUUGAUCACUGUGACCUUCCGGGGGAGGGGGGAGUUGUAAAUGCACAUCAGCCUCAGAUAUUUUUUUCUUUUUUCUCCUGUUUGGUGUUAACAUACAUCCAAGCCCACCCGGCCCCUCACGACCUGUGAUCUGUGCCCCUCCUCCGGUCCCAGAACGCCCCUCUCUCCUCUGUCUUCACACCGAGGUGUGGGGCCCGCGGGAUGGGCCUCAGGCCACCAGGCAAUAACCACAGGGCCUGCAGCAGUGCCCCUGCCAGCCCCGAGUCCCACCCCCGGGACCGGCCACAUCCACAGCACAACUGCCCGGUCAGAGAGGCACCAUGAAAGUGGAGGGGCUUCCCAGACACGUCCACCCGGGGACCCGUCUCUUCCACCAAGACAGAGACGUUAGCAACGCAUGGUGGGUGGGGACCUGGGGUGCUCAGGAGGGGGUGCCCGGGGCACUGGCCAGAGAGACAUCAAUUACACCCCCAUAGAGGGACAGCCGAUAGGACCCAGCACCAGCAGGAUCCGAGGGGCCUCCAGGCAGAGGUCUACCCCGCCCACUUCCUCCCCACCACCUGUGCCCCAGAGAGCAGGACCCACCCGGGAAGGUGGCGUCCUGGAGUCAGGUGUAUCUGCAGCCAUGAGGUUCUGGGUGUUUUUGUGAGAGAGUCUGAGUGACGCCACACUCAUGUGACCCCACAGGGUUGUGUCCAACAUACGCGGAAGUGACUAUGGAACAGUGUAUUCGGUGUAUUUGUGCAACCUGGGGUGCGUGGAUGGGCGACUUGUAUCUACGUGCAUCUGCGUGUAUACCUGUGUGUGUCUGUCAGGGAUGGUAUGUUUUCGUGGCAGUCUGUGUGUGUAAUAGUGGUGUAGGGUCUGUAGAAAGGUGGGUGGUUGUAGAUAUCUGUGUGUGGUUGUCAACAAGACUGGAUAUUUGUGAUGUGUCUGUGUGAGUCUUUGUGCCUGUAUGAGCAUGACUCUAUUUUGGGGAGUGGGUGAUAUGGUUUAUCUGAGAGCAUUUAUCUGUAAAUAUGUUUGUCUUGAUUGAGGGACACGAUCUCUGUCCCACUCAACAGCAACAUGACUCUCUAGCCAUGUGACUUUUGGUCCCAAAUCUGUAUCAGUUGGAUAUUGCUGUGUAACCAAUGACCACAAAUGGAGCAACCAGAAACAACACAUGUUUAUUAUCUCACAGAUUCUACAGGUCAGAGCCUGUGUGCAGGUUCACUGGGUCCUCUACUGGGGAUCUCAGGAGGCUGCAAUCAAAGCAUUGGCCAGGCAGAGGUCUCAUCUGAAGGCCUGAUCGGGGAAGGAUUUGCUUCUAAGCUCAUGUGGUUGUUGCAGCAUUCAGUCCCUUACUGUUGAAAGACUGAGGGCCUCAGUUCCUCGCUGGCUGUUGGCUGGAAGCUGCUCUUUGUUCUGUGCCAUGUGGGUCUCUCCAUAGUGGGGCUUGGAGCACAGCAGCUAAUCAGCGAGGGAAGGUGAAAUGGAGGUGUUGGUCUUAUUGGGUGUGAGGAACCAGCAUGUGUGUGUGUGUGCACACUUUUGUACACUGAGAGAGAGAGAGAGAUUGCACGCAUGUGUCUCUGUAGUCAUGUGGCCA